AUGAAGACCAAUGCGGAACGGUUUGAUCGAGGGAAAUGGUGGUUUACAUCUAAGGAAUCAAAAGCAUUUGUCCAGCAAAGAAAUGGUCUCGUGAAAAGCAAUGGUAAUGAACUCAAGGAAGUAAUUCAUAUCACACCAAGUUCCUCCAAAAAUGACCAACUCAAAGUAAGUAGGCCGGGUAACAAUGUAUCAAUGCUUCGAAAAAUAAUCAAUUUACCAUGUGUUUUUUAUUUUUAAUUCUUAGCUUCAAUUUCGCGACAAGGACAAACCACUAAUGUUUACUAUUACAACAUUCGAUUUUACCGGCAACGAUUAUUCACGAGCAUUUGAACCGUAUGUUCAAUCGAAGGAACGCUUUGCUGCCAAGUUCAACAGUCUCAGAGAAGGCAACGCGGUUAAAGACGUCUCUGCCGUGAGCGUGUUGGCAAACGAGGACAACGCAAAUGCAGUGACGGUCGAUAGCCCUAAUGAAGCCGAACCCACCCUCAGUGAAAAGGACAGUAUAAAUGAGUCUAGUGUUGAAGAGAUUAAUGUUGCCGAAAGUCCACUUUUGCUUGUCCGAGAUACCGUUUCACCCCCGACAAAUAUCUUGCCCGGUAAUACUACAUUGCCAUUGGGAAAGCGUAAACACGCUGGCACUGCACAAGUUCCUGUUGAGGUCGAGCCUCUUCCCGAUGAAUUGGCUGAAAAACGAGCGAGGAAAGUCGAAAAGCUGACAAGAAAUCCGAAAGAGCAAGACAGCGCAUUUUACGAGAUGGUUAUGAGAGAAUAUGCUAUCAAAGAAG